AUGAGCUCUCCAGCUCGUCAUAGCACUCCAUCCGGGUCGACGAGCAAGCGCCAGAAUGGUGUUCGUACGCCUAUGAGCAGACCAGCCAUUGCUGCAGCAGGAAUGGGACGGAUUACCCCGAGAUCAGCCUGUGAAUCAUGCAGGACAAGGAAGAUAAAGUGUACAGGAGAGAGACCUAUCUGUGCUAGGUGUCAGAAGCAGGGGAAAGAAUGUGUUUAUGCGAAUGCAACGACGUCGUGGAGCGGAGGGUCCGGUGUUUCCCCAAUACCUGAUCCUCCCGCAGUCAUCAACGUACCUCCCCCUAAACCUUCAUUGCUGGUAGCAUCCGACCGAUCCAUCUUACCCGCUCGACGACAUAUACAUGAAUUGCUAUCACAUUACUUCCUAUACACGAACGCCGCAUUUCCCAUAUUUCACAUUCCUACCUUGCAGCGGCAGGUCGACGCCGUUUGCUUUUCUGACGAAUCGGUCGCUAGGUUCGACAUAGCGGUCGUCUUAUACGCUUUAGCUAUAGGCGCUGCUUCCCUUGACCAGAAAAGCCUAUCGGAUCCAGCCAUUCCACUUCGGGCAGAAGAAUUCUUCCAUCAUGCUGUAAAGUAUGUCCUUCCUGGGAUGGGGUGGAAUGGCAUAGAGAGCUUGCAGAUUCAGGUGGCUCAUCUUAUCUUCGUGCUCUACAAGCCUGGGUGCGGGAACGCUUGGGAAUCGGCGGGGUUCGUAGCAAGACAAGCCAUUGGGCUGGGUUUGCAUCAAGAAGCCUAG